AUGUAUGUGUGUCCGGAGGAGGAGUCCGUCCUACUGAGUUCUUUUGUUACGACUCUGUCUUCUCUCUCUGUCAAACAAGUUGAGAACAAGGAGAAGUUUGACCUGCAGCCGCUGAGACUGGAUUGGCUGAGGUUACAGGCAUAUUCCAGUGUGAGCAAAGCCCCGCUGCCCAUCAGAGAGUACCCAGACCUGGCCAGAGUCAUCAACGUCAUCCAGUUCCACACCAAGAUGGUGGACAGCCUCCAAGACGUCCUCAGGGAGACGUCGGACCUGUCCAUCCUGUGCUUCUAUCCUGGUGUUUUUGAGAAGAUGUUUGCCCAGAGCAGUGACGACAUGAGACGGUUCCUGAUGUCGUUUCCAUCUGUGUGUUCUCUGUUCAGCUGCAGUGACCCGCUGUGUCCAGAAGAGACUGAGGCCGUGGAGAAGAGAAGUGUGCGUCUGUGUGUGUCGUUCCUGGAGCAGAUCGCUAAACAGACGAGUGACAUCAUCCUGGAAAUCUGUGAAGAUCAGAGAAAACUCCAGGAGCAGCUGCUGCCCAGACACUGUGCGGAGGUGGUCAGCGCCGCUCGUCAUCGGAAACAGAAGAAAACGGCACCGAAGAAAACAGACCAGAAACAGAACCAGAACCAGAACCCAGGAUCAGAGAGUCUGAGGAAAGACCGGGCCGUUACCACCGCAGCGGACAGACUGCAUCUGGCUCUGACAGAGCUGUGUGUGACUUACAGUCUCUGCUCCGAAAUCUUCGUCUCUGAGCACGUCCUGGUUCCAACUGAGUUCCUUCUGUCGCACCUCGAGAACCGCCUUUCUGAAGUCAUUGUGAAGAUGGCGAGCUACAACCGGAGCACGCAGGAGGUGGCGCGGCCCUCGGAGCUGCUGGGGUCCCUCAGGGUCUACACCGCGGCUCUGCACAGUGUGAGCAGCUACAUCAACAUCGACGUCACUCGUUUGAUUAAAAGUGUUUUACUGCAGCAGACGCAGCCCUUGGACUCACGCGGGGCCCAGACCAUCACCACACUCUACACCAACUGGUUCCUGGAGAGUCUCCUGCGUCAGGCCAGUAACUCCUCCAUCCUCCACUGUCCCACAAUGCACUGCUUUGUAAACCAGAAAACAGACACUGAGCCCAGCGUCAGGGCAGACGAGUUCUCUGACAUCACAGAGUUGCGGGCCCUCUCUGAGCUGCUGGGUUCUUAUGGAGUGAAGUUCCUGAGUGAGAACCUGAUGUGGCACAUCACCUCCCAGAUCAACGAGAUCAAGAAACUUGUGAUUGAAAACAUGGACGUCCUGGUUCAGAUCAGGAACAGCUCUGACAAAACUGAAGAGACCACAGAGCUGAAGAAGAGGCUGACAGGAGGAGAAAACAUGUUGAAGAGAAUGACCAUCAUCGGAGUCAUUCUGUCGUUUAGAUCCAUGACCUCAGACUGUCUCAGGGACACCCUGGAGAAACACUGCCCGUACCUCAUGAGGCCCAUAGAGAACCUGAGGUCCUCCCUCAGCCCUGAGGCCAACACCAAGGUGACCCUGAGUGUGUAUGAACUGGCGUCAGCUGCAGGCCUGUCAUGUGACAUAGAUCCUGCUCUGGUGGCGGCCAUCAGCGGCAUGAUGACAGACAGCACGUCUGUGGAUGAAGAGUAUAAAGUGUCCUGUUUGCUCCUGGUCUACAUUGCGGUGUCGCUGCCUCUGCUGACCCUUGACCCCAACUCCUGCUACACUCGGGAACAUGGAGGUCACAACAACAACAUCCACUGUUUAUCCGCCGCCAUCAGCGGACUGGCGGGCGCCAUGUUCACGGUCCAGAACAAAGAUGUGGAGCAGCACCUCCAAGACUUCCUCCUGCUGGCCUCCUCAACUCUGCUGCAGCUCGGACAGAACGUGGAGCGGGUGGACACCAGGAACCGAGAGUCCAUUUACCUUCUGCUCCACAUGAUUGUGGAAGACUGUCCCUUCUUGAGCCAAGACUCGCUGGAGAAAUGUUUUCCGUACGUUCUCCUGAGGAACAGCUACAGAGAAGUCUUCAGGCCCUUCGUCGUGACUCUGGGAUGA